UCACCCCUCUGCCUCGCCGUCGCCCGCGUCCCUCUCAGUCUCACUCUCAACCUCGUGACGGGCACACCCACCUGCCCAGGCCCUCCCGCUCCCACUACCUCGCUGGACUCUGCUCUCGGUGAUGCUCGUGCUUCCUCUCCCUCUUGUCGGCUGCCGCGAGUGAUCAGUGGCCUUGCCCAGUGUCGCGGUGAAGGACGGCCUUGUUUCUGAGGGCAGUGCGUGGAAAUCCGUAUGUAGCGUGCGUGUUUGUGCCAGUGAGUGAGAGGCUUCAAAAGUUUUCGAGAAGUCGCAGUCACAUUCGCCCCAAGUUUUUACGAGGUGAGUGAGAGGGCGACAAGGAGCCAGUUCAGGCUGCGUCACGGCUGCACUUGUCGUGGUAACCAGUUGUUCUGCCGACGCACGUGAGUCAACAGAAAAGGCUGAGCAGCACGAGUAGUAAUAAAAAGACGAGUGAGCGUCCAGGACCACGAGGGAAGUUUUACGUAAUUCCGAGUCUCCUUCCUGAAAAGUUAAUAGAAAUAAGAAAUAGCAAGGUGCAGCAGGCUUUGCAGCAAAUACACACAGAUAGGAGAGGAAAAACUCUAAUUUAAUCAAAGUUUUGAAGUGAGCGAGUGGAGGCGAGGUGAGCAAGGAACAGCGACGCGGGCAAUGUUGGCUCAGCUGUCGUGAGUGUCAUCUGAGCGGCUGGACGACUCUUUAGUGCUGGUAUUUGCCCUGAUUCAACACCACCAUGAGUGACGAAGGGAAGUCGUACCCGCCGGCGACGCUGACGCAGGGUGAGUCCCACUGUGAGGCCUCUGUGGAGGGGCGGGAGGAGAUGACCCACCCACAGCCUGGAGAAGGAGUCGAGCACAUGAAGGGAGCGGAGAGGCAGGACGAGGGAGCGAAGAACACAGGAGAGACAGCGACCACCACAGUGCAAGACAAGCAGGAAGACACACACAGCACGUGCUCCACAGCCUCCUCCAGCGCCUCUUCCUCCCCCUCCCAGACCUCCACCUCCUCCUCAGAGGGUGGCAGCAGCUCCCCAUCGGCCCAGGAAGCCUCGAGGGCCAUCAACAUCGAGGACUCGGAUAAGAAAUACGUCGUGAUUGAGCACAGCAAGCCCAAGACCUGGCUGGCGGCUUACAACUCCCUGGCUCCGAGGACUCGCCAGACAGUGCGGACAGCGGUGAUCGCCGUUGUCUCCGCUCUCGCCCUGGUCGCUAUAUUCCACCUCGCGAGACUUGCCGAACACCCCGUCAGUGAAAAUGCUAUUGACGGUUCGAAGGAGCAGCAUCAGAAACAGGAGCAGAGACAGAUGGAGGGAGGCUCAGAGGCUUGGGUCGGCGACGGCGUCUUAAAGGCACACAGCGGGAAGGCGGUGUCUCCCUUGGGUCCGCGUGAUGGCUGGCAGGAAGCGAAGGAAAUGGCCGAACAAAUGGCAGUUGCUGUGGGUGCCGAAGGUCCAGCCUCUCCUGUGCAGGACAUCUUGGCCCGGUCCAGGCCUGGUGGCAGGCAGGUGCGUCCCAUCAUCAACGUGCCUGUUGGAAGGGACGUGGUGGACAUCCAGCGCAUCAGGAACAUCAACAGGCCAGCGGGUCGUCCUGCGAAUGCCACUGAGGUGAACAUGACUCUGAGCUUAGUGCGUCGCAAGGUGGAGGCGGACCGGAAGAAGCUGUCCAGCAAAACCCUGCGCUUGUGGUCACCGGGUGAAGUGCCACUUCGGGUGCUGCUCGUCACCACCUGGCGCUCGGGAUCCACCUUCCUCGGACAGGUGCUGGCCCACCAUCCCGCCGUGUUCAACCACUACGAACCCUUCAGUCCCCUUGGAGUGCGGCAGGUCCGUUCCGGCCGCGAGGCGUUUCAGUCCCAGCAGUUGCUUCAUCGUCUCAUGGACUGCCAGUACACGGGCCAGGACGAGUACCUCAAUUACACGCGCUCGCACGCCGAAGACAUGCUGGGCCACAAUAAGGGAAUAUGGGACCCCUGCCAUCGAGGACCUAACUUCAACACCUGCUUCAACUCCUCCUUCCUCUCACAGGCGUGUCAGAUGUUCCCUAUCCAGCUGGUGAAGACAGUGAGGCUCCGGCUCAACCUGACGCAGCUCUUCCUCAAUGACGAGAGAAUGAACGUGAAGGUUGUGUUCCUGGUGCGUGAUCCCCGCGCCACCAUGAGCUCCCGCUACUCCUCCGUCUCCUGGUGCAAUGAUAACCCUGACUGCUCGUCGCCUGAGGUGCUCUGUUCUGACCUACAGGGAGACUUGAAGGUGGCCACGGCUCUAGGUCAGCUUUACCCGCAGAGGUUUAAGAUGCUCAAGUACGAAGACCUGGCGACGGACCCCCAGACUGUGAUAAAGAACCUUAUGGACUUUCUGGGCCUGGAGUACUCCGUUGAAACAGCUCAGUUUGUGAAGGAGAACACUGAACAGGACGUGAACAGUCCCUGGAGCAUCAAGCGCAAGUCGUCGGAUCGCGUCAACCUGUGGAAGAAGCAGCUGCCCCUCCAGGAGAUCCACACCAUUCAGAACGCCUGCGAGUCUGUGCUCAAGACGCUGGAGUACGAGCUGGUGGGUCAGUGAGCAGAAGGAGCCGCGACUCUCUUCCUCCGCCGGGAAAAUCUCUGAUGAUGUAGAAUAGACUUUCCCAGUUAGUUUUCUUCAGUGUCCUCGUCGCGGGGAGGAAUAUUGCCAGGAAGGGAUGCCAUGUAUUCAUCCCAGUCUUCUCAGGACAAGCCGCGGCCGCACUCUAAGGGAACCCUUCACGGGGCAUAUUGAAUCACACUUUCUAGAAAACACACAAAGAUAGGCAUGACCAUUAAAGAAAUCAUGCUGAAUAAGAGUAGUGAGUGACAAAUGUUUGUUGUAUCUUAACUAUAUAAUUUUUACAUGAACACUUUCUUUUGUGUGGGACUUUGAGUAUUAUGCACAGGCUUCCGUCCGUGGCGCUCUGGACACUGGCCUUCACCAGGGACGCUCCUCUGGCGGUUAUUUUCUCGGUCUUGGUAGUGGGAUUCUCUUCACUGACCGCAGGCAAGAGUGUGCGUCCGUGCCGGGCUCUCAGCGGGUCACUCCGCCCAUGAAGAGAGACCCUCAGGCAGCACAGACCUCUCUCCACCAACCACUUCGUCGACCAAUGAAUGAAUAGGAUCUUUUGUUGCGCUUUACUUUUUGUACUUUUUGACUCUCAGCUACCGACUCACCAACACAAAAUGAUGCUGCUCCUUAACCAAAUGAUUUAUCCCUCUGAGCUGCAGGACACACACACACACACACACACACACACACACACACACACACACACACACACACACACACACACACACACACACACACACACACACACACACACACACACACACACACACACACACACACACACACACACACACAUAACACUCCCUUCGUCGAGAAUUAAGGCUCCACUCACACUAAAAGAUUUAUGUACUAAUUCUGAGUCAUGUAGUUUGGGAUUGAAACGAGAGAAGAGUGUUUAGAGCUUAGAGAAGAAGACUCUCUGUUUUUUAUUCAAGCGGACAGUCUCUUCCAAGUCUCUCCCAAGUGUAGAGUGGCGAGACGAUGAAUGAGUGACUGUUUGAAGCUUUGAGUGAUAGCUGAGUACAGGUGUAUGGUUUGUCACGUAUAAUAAUUAUUAGAUGCAGGUGAGUUGAUAAUCUUGUUACCUUAAACGUGACACAAACUUAAAAGAAGGAAGAAAAAACACGUAAAGAAAAUGUUGAUAAAUAUAUAUAUUUUCCUUUCCCUUCCUACAAGUUUGUGUCUCGCCAGCAUGCAACAACAGCGUUCAAAUGUGUGUACUAUAUAUUAUCUUCAUCUUAUUGUCAAUUGUUGAGUUGUUCUCCCCUCUCAUCUCCACGCAUAAUUUUUUUCUAGUGUUCUUUUUUUUCUGCUCAUCAUAAUUAUCAUCAUGUAUGAAUGUAUGUAUAUGUAUAUUUGAUUAAUGUUCUUUUAUAUUCCCUUGUUUUUUUUUGUUCCAUGUACUGCACGUGUGUGUGUGUGUGUGUGUGUGUGUGUGUGUGUGUGUGUGUGUGUGUGUGUGUGUGUGUGUGUGUGUGUGUAUUUGUGUGUAGAUAUGCCCAUUUACAUACUAAUACUACAUACACAUCAAGUUAUUAAGCACAUGCGCGUUUUCUAGGGACCAAGUUGUGUGUAUAUCUGAAUGUAAGAAUGCAUGUAGUUUUGUUAUACUGUAUGUACUUAAUGUAUACAUGUGUCUGUUUGGCUGUAUAGUAAAUGUAGUCCCCAGUGCUCUUAACCACCAUAGCUAAUCGUAACAUUGUAAACACCCACUGGUCUGUCACGAGGCGCCAAGAAGCUUUAGAAGGAAGAAGAAGUGGAAAAGUGUAAGAAAAGCGAUUGCCAUGUACCAGAGAGAGAGAGAGAGAGAGAGAGAGAGAGAGAGAGAGAGAGAGAGAGAGAGGCGCAAGGAGAUCAGUGGAUAUUUUCUGUGUGUUCAUUAGUGCCUUUAUCUUCAAUAGUAAAGUUAUUUAUUAUUGUAACUUGUACUGUCUUCAUUAUUAUUAUCAUUAUCAUUAUUUUUAUCUUUGUCAUUAUUAUUAUUAGUUUUUAUCAUUAUUAUCAUUAUUUUUAUUAUCAUUAUUAUUAUUUUGAUCAUUAGAUUCUUUUUAUUGUCAUUACUACUACUACUACUACUACUUUCAUUACCAUUACCAUGUAUCGUUAGGCAACCCCGCAGGUAAUGUAUAAUAAAUAGGCAGAAUAUUGAUAUGUAAUUAGCCAGUUUGUCAUGAUCUUGUAAUAUAAACAUAAUGAUAAUAAAGAAAAAAAGAGUGGAAA